UUUAUUAAAAAAAAAUAAUCAAACGUAAUUUUUAUAUUAAAUCUUUUAUUUAUGACUGAUUUAAUUACUCAAUUAUUGAAUGUUUAUCAAAUUAUUAGUUUUCAAUAGUUCUAAAAUAGUAAAGUUAUAAAGAGUCAAGUGAUGUAAAAAGAAGAUGUAGAAAACAGAAAGAUUGAUGCAGAAGACAUCUCUUCAGAUGAUUAAACAAAUUUCUUAAACGAAAAAGGGAAUUUGAUGCAAUCAAAUGCAUUAUCUUUUGAAACCAGCUAAAAUAGAUAUGACAAAGCUAAUAAAUAAAAUCAAUCUAAUAAGAAUAGCAAUAAUUAACAAGAAUUUGAAUAUUUUUUUGAUAAUAUUUUAACAAUAAAGAUUCCCUUUACAAAAUUAAAGUAUGAAGUAACUUACUGCUAAACUAGUAAAACAAUUUUAGGAGGCGUUAUGCUUUUUUUUAUUAUUUAUGUUUACUAUAUGCUUUAUUGCGUUUUCACUGAGACAAAGAAACAUUGAAUAUGGGCAAGAACAUUCAUUCCAAUCAACUUAAACCAACCUAUUAUUAAAAUCAAAUUAUUUUUAUCUAAAACAAAAACACUUAAAAGUAUAUAUACUUUAAAAUUAAACUAAAUAUAUAAUCCGAAUGUAUUUAUUAACUAAUAGUAAUAAUAUUAAUAGUUAAUAUUGGAUAAAUUCUGAAAAUCUCUAUAUUUAUUUAUUAUAGUUAUUAUCUUGCAAUA